ACAUUCAAGAAUUGAUUUUUCGUGACGUGUCAUGCAUGAGAGCCAGAAAUGUGUCUCAAUCGAUCGAGGCAGAUUCGGCUGGCUCCUGUCGAGUGUAAACUGCCCUUCAUUAGAGGCUCCUCCUGGUCCGUUCUCUCUCGAACACUGGAUUUGCGACAAUGGAUGACCGCCACUUCGAAUACUGGAAAGUCUGCUGGAAGAUCAAUUUGUUCUUUCAGGAAUCCGUUGUGCGUGUUCAAAGGUGCGUUGUCUGUCAGCAAGCGGAGGGAAACGGGGACAGGAUUUGGAGAUCAGCAUUUUGGCGGGAAGCGACCACCUGCUCAGCCGGACAUUCUCAGCUACAGCCUUCCGACACCCCCGAACAUGAGCCGGUGGUAUGCGCCAGGUGCGAACAGACCUUUGUAUUUGAUGUUGUAAAGGGGAAGCAUACUUGCCAAGUUCAAGACUGUAGGCGAAUCUUGAGGGUUGACAUCGAUAUUGUGAGAGGAAAACUCAACCCCAGAGCUUCAACCAACUUCACCUUGGAGAAAGACCCGGCCAAGCUGUUGAGAACAUUUCUCUCGUUCGUUCAACAAUGUCGGGUGUACGAAUGCGUCGUAUGUUCCGAUGAUGCACCAUAUCCUGAGGACAUAGCUAUCGCCUACAAACCACCGUCGGCGGCUUGCAAGCACAACAGAAACGCAUGCAAUGGAUGUCUAACGACGGGAUUUGAGUCUGCCAUUCGUGGAGGCACUUUACAAGACCUUGUCUGCCCGGAUUCAGAGUGCCGAAAUCCUAUAUCGAAGGGAGACAUUCGACUUCUGGUGUCUCCGGAGGUUUUCAGAAUCUAUAGUAUGAAGCUCGCCAACGAGGCUCUUUCUAAGCACGAAAACUUUCGCUGGUGCACUUGUGGCAAGGGACAGAUUCAUGGACCAGGCAAAACAAAACCAGAGUGGAAAUGUGUCAUGUGCAAGAAACGACAUUGCUUUAUAUGCCCAAGCGAGAUUGAGCUCUGCUCCCAUCUCCGGACCAUUGACGACCUCGAGCGACGGACCAAAGCGCAGAAGAAGCAAGCAGCAAUUCACGCAUUUGCGUUCUCCAAAAAAAGACAAGAGACUCAACGCAAAGCGGAAGCAGCGAAAGCUACGAAGGCUACGGUGGCGAGAACGACGAAGAAGUGUCCAAAGGCCGGUUGUGGCAACAUGAUUGAGCGAAAAGGGGGGUGUUCCCACUUCAGGUGCCCCGAAGGAAAGCCGCCGAACGUGUGCAACACCCAUUUCUGCUGGGAGUGCAAAGUUAUCCGGCCAGGCGGAGCGGCGAUUCAUUUGACCACUUGCCGUUCGCAAAGCCUAAAUAAAAAGAAGAAGGAGGAUUUGGAUACCACCGGUUACGCGGCAGAUUGGGAUAAGGAUCCUGGAUAUGACUUUGCUCUGGAUGCGGACUUAAAGCACUACUCGUAAUUGGUGUUGGUAUGGGCUUCUCACCAAUCAGUCAGGCUCGGCAAUGAUACCGAAUUUCGGUUAUUGAUCCGUAUUAAUACCAGAAUCAUAAGGUAUCAAUACUAUCGAUACCAGAAUCGAGGACCCCCCUGUCUAAC